AUUAACUCAAAACUCCACCAUCAUCAUCUCUUGACUGAACUUUUCACAACCUAUCUGUUUCAUCAUCAUAUCUAGUGUGCUCUCAAUAUCUUCAAUAAACAAUAAUGGUAUCCAGGAAAUCAACGAAAACUGCGAAGCUCACUUACGCCGAACGGAUUGUCUGUGCAAUGCAUGCUUUGCAGAAGUCUCAACGCAGGGGAGGUUUUCACUCGGCAUCCAUCAAGGCUCAAGUGCGAAAGGAUGCGGAGGAAAGAAACGAUAAACUUGGUCCGCAAUGGCCUACAUGGGUGAUGAAGGCCCUUAAUCGAUUGAAUGAAAGCGGGCUGCUUUCGAGAAGCGUCGACAAUCCUGCACACUUCGAAAUGAGUCCAGCUUCCAAGAAAAUACUGAAGGAAAGUGAGCGAACAUUGCCUGUCGUUGGGCCUCUCGGAGAAGAAUUUCUCGCAAAGCACCUGUUCCGAGCCACUGCUGGCAAGAAGCGACCUGCUGAGAGCGGGAUCGACAGCACACCCACUAAGAAGUCCCGUGCAACGCGUACCUUCAAGGAAAGCGCCCCACGGAGCCCAUGGCUGAAGAAGAGAAAGGCUGAGCUUGUUGAAGAGAUUGAGCGUCUCCAAAGAGAACGCCUUCAAAGAGAACGUCUCCAGUCACUUCAAGUCCCUUCCCGUUCGCCUUCCCCUCUCACCGAUCUGGAUGACAACGAAGACGUAAGGAUAUUUGAUACGGAUGAACACAAUGUCCCUUCGCAGAGCCAUUCAAGCACGCCGGAGCUUCCUACUCGUCCAUCAACACCGGUAGAGCCUGAUCAAAUGUCUUUCCCGUCGACGCCUGUUCGAUUACAUUCAAGCUUAACUCGCAGCAGACCGCUCCUUCAAGUUACGCGCACCCAUUCUGGAUCUUACAUAGCUAAUGGUCGACCGACCCCAGACCCACCAGAACCUGCAGACCGAGAUAUUCACCAUGGUCUAUCUUUGAUAAUGGGUAACGCCCUUUCCGACAAUGAAUGUCAUAGUCCUGUUAUCAACAGACCCAAUGGUCUGGUUACUCCUGGACCGACGCCUGCACGAACUGUCUCCUCUCACGGAAGCAUACACAGUCAGACGAUGGCCAACGAGUUGGCUCGUAUCUCGGAAGAGAACAAGCAGCUGCGGGCCGUUGAAGCUACUCAAGCUUCUGACAUUGGCAAUCUGAAUUCCCAAAUCCAAUCACUACGACAGAUGAAUAUCGACAAUAAAGAACGGGUUACCACACUACUGGCUGAAACUUCGACAUUGCAGGCUGCUUUGGCUCAAUCUACUCAGCGUUGUUCCUCUUUAGACGCACAACUCUCUGCUGGUACUGCAGAGAUCGCUUCUUUGCAAGUGUCUUUGGAUACAAAGAAUCAGCAAAUCACAGAUUUCGUCCAGAAGCUUCAGGAUACUAAUACGACGCUGGAGGCUCGUACUCAGGACUUGAAUUCUGCUCAACUAGUAGCAGCGAAACUCGAAAACGAUCUCGCAGCUAUGACAUCUCAAUUGGAUAACCGUGAGGUCGAAUUGACUUCUCAGCUUGUGGCUGCCAAGCGGUCAAUGGAAGAUACAUCCAGCACUCUACAGCAGAAGACCACUGAAUUGAGCAACCUUCACGAGGAUCUUCGAAAGGCUCAAAAGUCUGUCAGUGCUUAUCAGGAAGAGUUGGAGGCCCAUACAGCGGCACACGCGGCUGAAAUCGGGGAAUGUAGCGCCACCAUAGAUUCUUUGCGCGCCUCACUAUCUUCCGCUGACACAACAGCGGUGGACCUUCGCUCAAAAAUUGGCCUGUUGACGGAAACGUGCACUCAGCUUCAAAGCAAGCUUGAACAAGCAGCAUCGGACAGGACUCGCCUUGGCGAAGAACUAGCAGUUGAACGUCUUCACUCUGCAACUAUCAGAGGGGAACUUGAUCAAGCUCUCUCGCGUAUUCAUGAAGCAGAACAAGAAAUGGGAGAAAUGGAAUCAUUGAGAUCUGAGGAUGCAGCGACCAUCAUGAAGCUUCGAAAUACCAUCGAGAGGAUUCAUGUUGCUCAGAUGGAACAGUGGGCGGGAAUUACUCAAGAGGUUACACAAGCUUCCCCAGCACCAAGACGCCCCAGGUUCUCCAUCUAAGAACAUUACUAUGCGCAUUGACAUUCUACUUAUACUGUAUAUAUUUCUACAUACUACUGAUGUUCAUGUAGUCUCAGUAUUGCUCGAAUUUAUGGACAAAUAUACGUAAACUUUCGCAUUGGGAGUUUAGAUCAAAAGUGACUGUCGG